AGUUCUACUACUAUUUAUGCACUCUCUUCUGGUUUUGUAACUCUUUCUGAGAAAACAGAACUUUGCUCAAGUUGAAUCAGAUGGGAAAUGCUUUGAUUCUAGCAUUCUACAUAACCAUAUGCUGUAUUGCUUUUGUAAUAUCGAAGAUCAUAAUCGCAGUCCUCAUCUAUAGGCGAUGGAAGAGAAAGCACUUGGUUUUCGAACAUGGCUUCUCAGGUGGGAAAAUGGUUUUGUUCAGGGCACCAGUUAUGCAAUCUCUCAAAUCAGAUGUGUUCUUAAAGAAGACACUGAAGUUGAGCAACAAGGACAUCAUUGGCUCUGGAGGGUAUGGGACAGUUUAUAAGCUUACAGUCAAUGAGACCAUGGCCUUUGCUGUGAAGAGAUUGAACAGAGGAAGUGCAGAUAGAGAUCGAGGAUUUGAGAGAGAACUCGAAGCCAUGGGGGAUAUAAAGCACCGGAAUAUUGUGACUCUUCAUGGAUAUUACACUGCUCCACAUUAUAAUCUUCUCAUAUAUGAACUGGUAGCUAAUGGAAGCUUGGAUGGAGUUCUUCAUGGAAGAUCAAUGACCAACAAGCGUUUGGAUUGGCCGGCCAGAUACAAAGUAGCACUAGGUGCUGCAAGAGGAAUAUCAUACCUUCAUCAUGAUUGCAUCCCUCAUAUAAUCCAUAGAGAUAUCAAGUCAAGCAAUAUAUUGUUGGAUCAAAACAUGGAGGCUCGAGUGUCUGAUUUUGGGCUGGCAACUUUGAUGGAACCAGAUAAGACUCAUGUUUCAACUCUUGUUGCUGGAACUUUUGGAUACUUAGCACCUGAAUAUUUUGAUACCGGAAGAGCAACAGCAAAAGGGGAUGUUUACAGUUUUGGAGUGGUUUUACUAGAGCUUCUAACUGGAAAAAAGCCUACCGAUGAAGCAUUUGUUGAGGAAGGAACAAAGCUUGUGACAUGGGUGAAAGCGGUUGUUCAGGACAAGAAGGAGGAGUAUGUACUUGACAAUAAGUUAGGAUGUUGUCCAGAGGACGAGAUUAACAGUGCCUUUAGCAUUGCAUUAAUGUGCCUUGAACCAGAGCCUUCCAAGAGGCCUACCAUGGCUGAGGUUGUCAAGAUGCUUGAGCAGAUUAGAAGUGAUAAAGUUCUAUAAAUCAUACUAUUAUUGUCUCCUAUUUGCACCAACAAAGAAGAAUACGGUUCUUUGUUCAAGAAGAUCUAUUGAUUGGAUCCAUCUAUUUAUGCUCUUCCUAUAAUGGAGCCAUAGCAUUGUCACCAAGAGCUUUCUUCCAUCUCUCAGAUGUUCAGAGAUGAUAGGCAAUUGCAAAAUUCUUUGUUAUAGUCUUUUGGUUCUUCUUGUAAGCAAUAUUUCUUUUGUAAAGUUCUCAAGAGGCUUAAUUAAUUUGGAGGAAUAUAUCCCUAAUUUUCCAUGAA